UGAAGUGUGACGCUGCUGGACCUACGACACAAGCGUUGGCGAGCCUAGCGGGGCGAGAAUUCAGGAAACUCACGUAUGCAGCAGUAGUAUGGUGUACUUGAGAGCGUACACUUGUGAUGCAAAAUGCAGCCCCAUUCCUUCAUUGUUCAAAGUGAAUCAACAAAUGAACGACUCGGAGGUGUGCAAAUACGCGUACAAGCCGUGCACAAACCCCCGAGUGGCCAAGAAAGACGGUGACCUCCAUCGAUUGUGCGAAUUUCACCGGGACAAGGCCAACGCCGUGCAAAAGAUCUAUGCGACACGACGGCGACAGGAGCGGCGAUCUGAAAGGCAAGUCAAUCUCGUGCAAAAACUGCUGGGCACCAUCGAGCCUGUGCCGUUCGAACACGGCCAACAAGCACAUGUCCUGUUGACCGCCACGGAGCGGGAGAUGCUGGAAGUCGAAUUGGCAGGGUUGCUUGACGAGGACAGGGACAUCAUGAUCGGGACCCUUGACGAGCAAUCCCCAUCGUUGUGUUCGUGGUCAGAUGCCGACAGUGACGACUUGCAAUGGCCGCGACAGUUGAAAAAGUUGCCCCGGAGCUGCGGCACCGUUGCCAAGCACCAGCCGUCGUCCUCUUUGACGAUCGCGUAUAAGGUCGUAGGCUGGGCCAGCAUGAGGAAACACACAACCAUCUUUGGCUGCGAGCGAGUGCCGAAUCUUCCCUUUAUUCACAACGAGCACCAUCGAUCAUUGCGCGGAACUGCCUUGGACACCAUCGACGAGGAAGCCCCGUCUAAAUGCGAAACAUCCAUCCAGCACAAGCUCUCCUGGCGCACGCCCUCUGUGAGCAUCACGUUUCGCUACCGUAUCCCCGCACUUCCAAGCAAAGCAGGGGACGUGGUAGCCAGCACACGACGUCGUGACCACCAAGCCCGACCGACGACCUCCACACCGUGUAUGAUGAUCGCACAGCAGCAUCCAUCGAGCCAAACACUACCGCUAAGGAGAUCCGAACCAUUCUUACCUCCGUCUCCGCUCCAUGAACCCCCAACAGAACGGUCGUGGUCGACGGAUGCACGCUUCACCCUCGAUCACUCGCAGUCGCUGACCACCGCCAGCACGACCCCGUCCACGGCUGACCGACAACGCACCAGAGCGCUUUCAGAUAAGCGACUCCUCUACAGGAAAUGGCGCACGGGUUCACACCGCGGCGCGUCGUUGUCUAUCAUUGAGACGACUCUGGACGACGAGAAUUCCACGAUCACCCCACGCCGCGCUCCGUCGUCGGCUGCGUCUCUGUCUAUGAUUCCGAUCCACACGUCGCCGUUGUACUCGGCGGACGCACAGCUGCUGUCGCCUUCGAACGAUCAUCAAAUUCACGGCCACACGGCUAUUGCCGCCGCCACGACCCUUACCCUGCCGCCACCGUCCUCUGCACCCAACAACACCCUCCUCUCCGCCACGACACACAAGGACGAACUUGACCGCCGCGCCCGCGUCCUCUCCAAGUUGUUCCUCCAAGAAGAAGAAGACCAGUUUCCCAAGUCGUCGACGGUUGAAGCGCUCAGCGGAUCCGUUGGCAAGCAAGUGUCGUCGACGCAGUACGUUGAAAUGAAAAAGUCCCGGUCCCACCAAGGGCUGUCGGAUUUAGAGCGGGCGACGACUGUAAACCCUCCCAAGUUGUCGGCGUCCGGGGUCCAGCGAGGACUGAAAGACUCUGUGAUGCACGACAUGUGUCAUGCAGUGGUCAAGCAAAUGGUUGGCGAUGCCAUCUCGUCGUCUGCUGCACCCGGUGCAGACGGUGGCAACCGUCCCAGUAGUGCUGCACCCCCCCACCACCCAGCCACCAACCACUUGUACGCUCCCGUCUUGGCGUCCGUCCAGACCCACUUCAAGCAACUUCCUGCGCGGUAUGCCUUGUCCGUGGACCCAGACGACGUGCCCAUGCACAUGCGCUUACUGGCCAAUCAAAAGCGCCGCCCCGAUGACAUUUACCUGCACGCGCACCUAUUAAAACACGACGACGGCAGCAUCAACGCCACGUGCUGCGAAGUGGUGCUCGUGGCCCAAGACCGCGACUCGCUCCUCGAUGCAAUCACGAGGGGACUAUCCAGCUUGAAGGGCAGCAUCCAGGACGCCGACGUGAUGACUACUAAAGAUGGCGUUACGCUCGACCGGUUCGUGGUCAAGGGAUCGUUUGUCCCCCCCGAACGGCUGGCCGAGCUGCGCCGACGGAUCCUCGAAAACCUCGCGCGAAGUACCCUCGCGGCAGAGCACAGCGACAAGGCGCGCCAACCAACCCCCCCCCCAGCCCCCCCCCCGACCUCCCCCGACCUCGACCCGCACUCGGCCCUCCGUCUCUCGCUCAACACAACUACCAUCAAACCCGAAUGGCGACUAGACUUUUCCGAGCUCGUGUUGAGGGAAGCAGUGGGCACGGGUCGGUCUGGGCAGACGUACGCUGGCUCUUGGCGGGGGACGCGGGUGGCUGUGAAAGUGAUCAACGUUUCCCACCACAACCAUAGCGUGAGCGAGGAGAUUCUGCAGGAAUUCCACCGCGAAGUGGCCGUCGUGAGUCGGUUGCGCCACCCGAACAUUGUCUUGUUCCUAGGCGCGUCGAUUGAACCACCCAAGUACUGCCUUGUGUUUGAAUACAUGGAAAAUGGCGCCCUCACAGACCUCAUUCGACGCCGUCGCACUCCCAUCGACUUUUUUCGCGUUGCCCGUGAAAUCGCCAUGGGCAUGAACUACUUGCAUUUGUGCAACAUUAUGCACCGAGACCUCAAAUCGGCCAACGUACUUCUGGAUGUGUUUGGCACGGUCAAGAUCUCCGACUUUGGCUUGAGUUGCGUGCUGGAGGCGGGCACAUCGUCGGAUCUGACCGCAGAGACGGGUACAUAUCGGUGGAUGGCGCCCGAAGUGAUUGGCCACGAGCCGUACUCGGCCAAGGCGGACGUGUACAGUUUUGGGGUCAUUUUGUGGGAAAUGAUCGGCAAGGACCAGCCGUUCAAGGGCAUGACGCCGAUCCAGGCGGCGUUCGCGGUCGCCCGCCAGAGCCUCCGUCCGGCUUUUCCAGAUGUGACGCCCUCGUGUCUACGGACCCUCGUGAACCGAUGCUGGCACCAGAACCCGGCGGACCGGCCGACAUUUGCCGCGAUUCUAGACAUGUUGCCAGGAGUCCGAGCGCAGAUGCGCAAGUUGGAGUUUCACCAGCUCAAUUUUGUGUUUACGUGACGAUAUGAUUAAUAUACGUACACGGUAAUAUUUAACAUUGCACGCCACCAAGUGA